AUGGAAGCUUGGAUAAGCUUGCUGACUCUCGACAGUCAGACAUCCUCUCAGGUCGUUGCUGAAGAGAAUUUGCGUGAAAUCUCUAAAGGUUUGAAAAGUUCGGAUGUUCUUUCAAAGGAUUCUUUUUCAAUACUUGUGAACGCUCUGUCAGAGAAAGUAACGUGCUUCGAAUCAAAACCUAUUCCUCCUGAUUUCUUCAAUGUUUUUGGCUGUCUUUGUGAGCACUUAGCAAAACGUAAAGAUUUACUUCCAGAAGAUGUGCGGAGCUUCUUUGCGUCCUUCGUUGAGUCCAUUUUAAAAGUAUCUCCCAAAGCCGUGGCGCCUGUCUUCAAACAUAUGCUUGGGGCAUUUUAUCCUAAAAUUGUUGAUUCAAAUUGCAAUGUUUACACUAAAUACUCGAUACUUGCCGGAAUCAAUGAAAUAUCAGUCCUUCCGUCAGCCACGAAGGUCGAACUUUUUCUCAAACCAAACAUUCACGGAAUAUAUACCUCGCUCGCUUCUAAUAUGCGUUCACUUGGGGACUAUGAUACGCAAACGCAACUGCUCGAAUUCCUUCUUCACGUCAUUCCAGCGGCGAGGAGGAAGGACUUCGUCGAGGAAUACCUGCAUCGGGGCCUUUCCGAACCCUUCUGUUUGAUCAUCGGUCAGCAAUUUGAAUUGGCCGCUCGUCGCUUUUUGAAUAUGCUAAAUCCAGUGGAUCCGGUCACACAAACCGUCUUCUCUAUUCCCUGCAUAAGCGUUCGUCUUUGUGGUCACGAGCUUCAAUGUCAACCGGCUUCGUCGAAAUCGAAAGACGAACCCUCUUGGGUUGAUUUUAAUCUGGUGCCAGAGCGUAUAACCACCUACUGCGUGAUGUCAAUGCGAUCCGAUUCAAGUUGUGAUAGUGAGGAGGGUGAACAGACCUGGGAGACCAUCUCACUUCAUCCGGAGGUGAUUGAGGAGGUGAACGUUAGUUCCAUGCGGCUGGAGAGCGUCGAUGAUGGCAUCAGGGAACAAAUUGUCCUCAGUAUCUCCAUCACCGAGCCGUCUUCCAAUUUCGCACGGUUCUGGGAGGGAAGCAAUGAAUCCGACACCGCUGACGAGAAAAGCGUCAUCGAGUUCUUCCUCAACCCCCCCGACGUUGUCAAAGCACUUCCUGGCGAUGCAAGCGCAAAUCACCACGGAAGUCAUUCACAGCAGCAGCAACAGCUAAUGGAACUAUUGACGGGUUUGCGAGCCUAUGCUGAGAAGAUGUUUCCACAAUCAAACAUCACCUCGUCACAAUCUUCCACCGAUUGCCAACAGCAACACCCGGAUGUGGACUCUGGGUCUAAAGUUAUUUACGCUAGUUGCCGGUCGCCACUUUGUGUGGAAGUGGGUGAGAAAAAUGCUCCGUCACCAUUGCCACCGCCAAAAUCCUUCUUCACCGAUCCUGACGUCUCCUUUGAGGAGUCGGCGGAAGGUCUUGGCUUAAAGGGCAUUACGUCGGGCGAACGACCUCCGCGCCCUAUACCGCUCUUCAGGUGUCAGACUGUCCGCACACCUCUUAGCCUUCGGGUCGGUCCAGACGGCAGCGUGGAGAGGCAAGGGCGAUCCGCCACCACCAUUCAUGCUGCCGCACCGUCCAGUCGCCCCGUCAGUUCACCCUUUUCGGUCGCCAGUGGACUGGAAACGCCUUCACCCUGCAGGAGGUCCCUCGAAGCUCCGAAUUUGGAAGGGAUGGAUACCAGCCUUGAUGAAGAUAUUGCUAGCGAGUCCGCUAGAAGGGCUUCUGCUGUUGAAUGCCAGCUGGAAGAAGUCGAAAAAUCUUCCACCCAGUCAGAAGAAGAUACGGCCCAUUCACAAACCCCCAUCAGCAGGGCGAAGGUGCAGGCAUCGAAGCGGUCCUCUUCUGUCAAGAAUUUAGAUCCUCCUGUGGAAGAGGCAUCACGAAAGGGCGACGCCUGUGAUGUGGAUGAAAUCAGUGCUACCGAGACAGAGGAGACGCCCCAGUCCCAGUCGCGUAUCAGUAAGGCGAGGAAACGAGUUUGGAAGAGGCCUUCGUCGGCGCAGCGCCCCGUUUCUCCAGUGGAGGAAGUCCUGCAAAAGGGCGAUGCCUACGAUCUCAAUGCGAUCAGUGACACAGAAGACGCAGACCAACAACCAGAGGCGAAGCGUGCAAAUCUGAGCACAUUUGAGAAAUUCGUUGAUGAAAAUGGGCUAGAGUUGCCCCGAAAAGGGAAGCGGGAGGUACCGGAGGCGGGUGAAAGUGAUCUCGUGGCGGAUAUUGUCGCUGUCCUUGGCUCGGCGGCUAAACGACCGUUGCGUGGAUGCAGGAGAAGCGCAAGACUGGCCAAACGGGCUGAAAUGCGAGUUGAGACUGUACUUCUUGAUGAUGAAGACGAUGUUGGUAGCGAUGACAAUAAAGCAAGUGACGAGGACCCUGACAAGGAGGUACUGGCCGGAAGCAUGGACGUUAUGCGACAUCAAGCGGUGGUAACGCUUUCGCCCCUCUUGAACACGCCCACUACGCCGCUUGUUCCCUCCCAGGAGGACCUACUUCUAGGAGUAGAAAAACUCGUUCUUAAUCAGUGCUCCUCAGUACAGGACUCAAGAACACCCUUGGAGAGUGCGCGAUCCCUCCACCCCGGACCUGAGAAUAUCGAUUCCACGUGCCUUCUCAAAGUUGUUUCACCACCUCGCACCCCACCAAGAGCAUUGAUGGAGGUUCAUCCAGACAAGACACCUGGCGAAAGUGUCUGUCAACUCAGUGUUGAGUCCCUUUCGGAGUCGCCUGAGCACGCACGAAGAACUGCCGUGGCUUCUGAUGAUGAAACUCGUCCUCUUCUUCUUCCAGAAGCCGCACUCAAGGUGCUCUCUCCUGGGAUUGAAGAAGACUCUGUGUCAAAGAGUGAAGAAGAUGUAGAUUCGGUGAAACGUAAAGCGAAUCGACCACGUGCCAUCCCUUCCGUCGAUCUGGAUGCUAGUAAAUCGUCACCACAACAACCGACACCUCUGCCAAAAUCAGCAAAACGGGUUGCAAUCGAAGCUGACAUCUUCCUCAGUCCCAUUCAACAGCCUCCACCAUCAUCGUCAACUCGUCGCAGUCGUCGUCAAAGUCGCGCUUCCACUGCAGCAAAUACCACCGCCGCCACCAUCACCACCGAUGCAAAUUCCACUCUGGAGGACUCACAAACGGUUAACCGGUCUGCGCCUUCUCCCAUGUUUAUGUCACCUUUCCAACGUCUCGAAGCAGCAGUUCAUGCCUUGGAAUCCCAGGAAAAGGGCGCCUCUCAGCUUCUCGCUACUUCCACGGACUUGAAGACGUCGAAGCGCCUCUGGGACACUACCGCUACCUACCUCGUUGACGAGCAAGUUUCCAGCUUCAGUAAACUUGUCAAUCUCUGUAAAGGCGGUCUCAUCGUUCCAGCCUUUGGGAACAAGUAUUUCAACAUCACGGCAAGGACGAAGGGUGGCAGAAAAUCGACUGGAAAGGAAGCACUGUCAAAGAGGGAGAGUUUGAAGAGCUGCGCCUCUCCUUCUCGUGGUCGGCGCUUCUUUGCGUCCACCUUUGCAGAGCGCAAUAAACGUGAAGUAGAAAAGAGAUUCUUUGAGGUGAUUCGAAAGAAAACAGCGAAUGUGCCAAGCAAGAAGAAGAAGAAGGCGGAUGAUGAGAGACAGCGGUGCAAGCCGACGUCGAAGAAAAAGGAAAUGGAAGAUGGAAACCUGCCCGAUCUUCAGUUAUCCUACUUGGAGGAUUCGGAUGUAGAGAAGGAGGAGGAGGAGGAGGAAGAGGAAGAGGAGGAAUUUCGACCCCCUAGGGACGUUGCAGGGGGCGGUGAUGACGACGAUUCGGGAUGUCGUCUGCAAUCACGUCCUGCAAUUCGACGGGCUGCUGCAAUCGCCAGAAGCCGCAUUCUAGAGUCGAGCAUCGACGAGCUAAACCUCAACGAUCCCCCAAUCACCGCCUCGGCGGUUCUACCCCCUCCAAUUCCUGCUGCUAGAAAAACUGCGAAAAUAGCAAAAAUGGAGGUAGCGGAGACGGUGGAGAUGCACGCAACCGGGAGUAGUCUGAACACCAGUCAUCGCUCCGCUCUGGGCCUCUUCGCACCCACGCCGAACACCAGCGGCGUCUUUGAUUUCACCCUCUCCGAGGAUGACGAGCUUGUAAGGGGUCUGCCGCGCCUCGGUGGAAGGAACACGAAUAUGGUAAAGAAGACAAAAGGAGUGUUGCUUGCGACGACACCUGAGGAUUCCUCACGACCAAUCAUCUCAGCCGGCUUUCUCACCAAUAUGAACCGAUGCGUCGGCGUCGUCUUCUCUACGCUCAACAUCGUGGAAUCCGAAUUCUCCAACCGACUGAACCAGCUGCGGGAUCAGGUAGGGGAGAUGCAACGCCUGCUGCGACGGUGGCAGCAACGCCGUCCAGAGGACGCGGCGGAGGAGACCCGUGUGCCAGUACUACUUGGUGGUGGUCUCAUCCGCGAAUUUACCGAAUUUUCCUCGAGCGCGCCAACGGUGCGAGUUGGUGGUGCAGCUUAG